GCGGCGGCGGCGGCGGCGGCGGCGGCGGCGGCGGCGGCGGCAGCGACACCAUCAAGUUGUUCAAGCGGCCCGUUGUCAAGCAGUACUUCCACGGCGGGCUCCUCUGGCGUGCGGCCAACCAGACCGAGGUCAUGAGCUUUGAGCUGUUCUUCGACCUGCUCUACGUCGGCAUCAUCGCCAUCAACGGCGACCACGCAGCCGAAGAAGCCAACGGGCACGAGCUGCUGCGGUUCGCGGUGACGUUCGCCAUGAGCUGGAAGAUCUGGAGCGACGUGCAGCAGCUGGUCAGCUGGUUCGAGACCAACGACGUGGCGCAGCGCGUCGAGAUGCUGGUGCUGAUCGCCUGCCUGCUGGGCCAGACCACCAACAUGCUGCAGGCGUUCGCGCCCGACCCGGCCGAGGACACCUUCACCCAGCUCGUCGGCUUCUACCUCGCCGCCCGCCUCUUCAGUGCUGCCUACUGCGCCCUCACCGCCUACCUCGUCCCGCUCGUCCGCGGCAUGAUGGCCGCCCAGGUCGCCGGCGUGCUGGUCGGCGCCGCGCUGUGGAUCGCCAGCGUGCACGCAUACACGCAGGGGCAGGCGCAGACGGAACAGCAGCCGCCCGACGGCGAAUCCCACGGAGACGAAUCCCAACACGGCAGCGACGCAGAGUUCCCGCGGCAGCGCGUAGGUCUGGUGUUUGCCGCGCUGGCCGUCGACCUGUUCCUGUCGAGCGCGGCGCCGGUGUGGUUCUUCACGUGGGCGCGCAAGCGCACGGCGACGCGCGAGGAGGACACGCCGCCGCUGGCGCGCCGCAUCAACCGCUUCUUCGAGUUCUUCCCGGCCAUCAACAUCGAGCACCGCGUCGAGCGCACCAACGCCUUCGUCACGCUCGUGCUGGGGUACUCGGUGGUCGGGGUCGUGUUCCAGAACGCUGCCGGCGGGAACUCGUCGGCCGUGCUGAAUGCGUUUCUUGGAAAGGCCGUCUUGGGCCUCGUGCAGGCGUAUGUGUUUAACUGGCUGUAUUUCGAGGUCGAUGGUGGCGGUCUGCGCACGCACGCGAUUCGGCGGAGCGUGGUUUCUGCGUCCCUCUGGCAGUACUCGCACCUGGCCUUCAUCAUGGCGUAUAUCCUCGCAGCAGCAGCACUGUCCAAGCUCGUCGUCGUCGCCGACUGCGCCAACGCGCCGCUCGACGCGCUGACCGAGUUCUACCAGGAGCGGUCCGCGCCGUCCGUCUCGCUCGGCCUGCGGCUGUACUACUGCGUGGGGCUCGGCACGGCGCUGCUCGCCAUGGGCGCCAUCUCGCUGUCGCACGAGCACCGCGGGCCGGCCAGCGGCGGCGCGCGCUGCCGGCUGCCCAAGUGGGCGCGCCUGGCGAACCGCGGCGCCGUGUGCGUUGUCUUUUUCUGCCUGUCGGCCGCCACGGGGCUCGACAGCCUGGGCCUCGUUGCGACCACCACCGGCCUCAGCGUCUGGACGCUGCUGUUCGAGCUGUGGGGCAAGUCGUGCCCGUCCGACUCGCUGUUUGUGGGUGGGUGCACGGAGUACACUGCGCUGUGUGGACGCCGCACGCUGCACGAGGCCACGCGCAGCGACGGCAAGGUUGACAUUGCCGGGCUUGGUAGGGCCGAGAAAACUGCCGUGCUGGAUCAUGUGUAGCCGCGUGCUGGACGAUUGUAAAGGAGAAAAAUAGAGGGAAAGUAAAUACAACAGAUUAAAAAAAUAGAAAUCAAAAUGACACCACCUUCCCCUUUCCCUUCCCACUUCCACUUCCCCCUUUCCCUUCCACUUCCACUUCCACUGCCCCUUUCCCUUCCACUUCCACUUCCACUGCCCCUUUCCCUUCCACUUCCACUUCCACUGCCCCUUUCCCUUCCACUUCCACUUCCACUGCCCCUUUCCCUUCCACUUCCACU